AUGAAGCCUGCAAAGCCUCAGUCAACCACGAUGGACGAACAGACGUUCGUGCCACCAACAAUGAGGGCGCUUUACUUCAGCCCGGCAUCAACAGCCGUCACAGACCACACAUCUAUGGACGAGCCUAGGACGGAUUCCCAUGUGAAGUUCGACACGGACUUUCAAACUCCCAUCCCUUCAGGGAACGACUAUCUCGUCAAGGUGCAGGCAGCCGCCUUUUCCCAUGAUGAGCUCCGGCUAUCUAAUAUUCUGAACCCAUCCAAGUCCAUUCCGCAGAUCCCUUUGCAUAGUUUUUGCGGUACAGUCAUUAGUACCCCUGAAAAAGAUCACUGGAACCCAGACGGGCCCAAAUUCAAGGUUGACGACGCCGUCUUUGGGCUGAUCAAGCACACGCGCGACGGUGCAGCAGCCGACUACGUCAUCGUAUCGGAAGAUGAGCUGGCGUACAAGCCCAAGAACAUCAGCGCUGCUGAGGCAGCUACCAUACCCAUGCCCGCCUUGACGGCCUGGGAGGCGUUAUUCAAGUACGCCGGGCUUGACACCGCCGACGUCAAACAGGGUCGCCAGCAGCUACGGGUUCUCAUUACCAACGCGCGCAACAAUGAAAUUGCCACUCAGGCACUACAAUUGCUUCGAUCGCAUAAGCUCUUCCCGCACUCGCGGCCCUGGAUUUGCGCAACCUGUGACGCUGAAGACCAGGAGGAUUACCUGCGGAAAGAAUACGACGUGGACGCGACAAUCUAUGCGCCACUUCCCCUACCACAUGACUAUGAUCUCGGGUCCAUCUUUCGCAAGAACCGCUGGGACCCGGUAGAUGUUGUCCUGGACUGCGCUGGUCAGGAGAUGUUCGAGCAAGCACACUCUCCGAAGGUCAUCAAAGAGCAUGGUGCUGUCCUGACCGCGGUAGACUCGACGCCGGCGGAAGCCAGGGACCCUCUCGAUGACGAUGAGCCACGCAAGGAUGGCGUGCUUAGUCGCUUCAUUCUUGUCAGCCCCAAUGGUGAGGCCUUGAGCCGGAUUUCCGAGCUAGUUGAGGCAGACGAGGUCCGAGGGAGGGUCGAGAGCAUCAAGGACUUAGUUGACGGCACGGACGUGCUAUCCUCGGGAGCGGCAGGAGCGGGCGGAGGGCGACGGGGAGGUAUGAUGGUGAUCCGGGUUAACUAG